CCCUCCCGCAAGAUGUGGGAUCUAGUUUAUGUAACUCAAGUUGGUAGCCGCGUAGCCAGCUACGGGAAGGAGUCGUUUUGAUGCGGGUAGUGUGAAAGGCAAAAGCCUCGCGUGUCGAAAGAAGCUCUUUGGGGGUUGCCACUUGCUCUUUCAAGAUUAGUUUGCCACCCAGGACUAGUUCCAGCAACGUGUUAAAACAUGGUGGAUUAUUAUGAAGUUCUAGGCGUGCAAAGACAUGCCUCACCCGAGGAUAUUAAAAAGGCAUACCGGAAACUGGCACUGAAGUGGCACCCAGAUAAAAAUCCUGAGAAUAAAGAAGAAGCAGAGAGAAAAUUCAAACAAGUGGCCGAGGCCUAUGAGGUGUUAUCUGACGCUAAAAAACGGGACAUCUAUGACAAAUACGGCAAAGAAGGAUUAAAUGGUGGCGGAGGAGGUGGAAGUCAUUUUGACAGUCCCUUUGAAUUUGGCUUUACAUUCCGUAACCCAGAGGAUGUCUUCAGGGAGUUUUUUGGCGGAAGGGACCCAUUUUCGUUCGACUUUUUUGGUGUUCUAGGUGACUUCCAUUUUCAGGCUGUCAGGAUUUGCACUCAGGAAAAGAAGUUGCUCCAUGGCUACUACGUGUAUGAAGUAACUGUGCAGCCGGCUGGUGGGUUCGAGGAGAUGGCCAGUGAUGAUCUGGAGCCUAGUGAAGAACUAGACCAGCCUGUUUAUGAGGAGACAGUGGAAGACAUCCCAAGUGAAGAGAACAGUGAGGUUUUGGAUGUGAAGACCCAUUUGAGGACUUUUUUGGGAGCCGAAGGGGUCCCCGGGGAAACAGAAGCCGAGGCCCGGGUUCGUUUUUCUCUGCCUUCAGUGGAUUUCCAGCCUUUGGAGGUGGAUUUCCUGCUUUUGAUACAGGAUUUACUUCGUUUGGUUCACUGGGUCACGGAGGCAUCACUUCAUUCUCUUCUUCAUCAUUUGGUGGUAGUGGAAUGGGCAACUUUAAAUCUAUAUCAACUUCUACUAAAAUAGUUAAUGGCAGAAAAAUCACUACAAAGAGAAUUGUCGAGAAUGGACAAGAAAGAGUAGAAAUCGAGGAAGAUGGCCAGUUAAAGUCCUUGACGAUAAAUGGUAAGGAGCAGCCGCUACGCUUGGAUAACAAGUAAUUCAACGCACGCAUUUAACAGAAAUGUUAAACUAUAACAAGCACCAUUUGAGGAUUAACAGGAACAUUUUUUUGAAGAUUUCAAACGAACUCAACUUUCAGUAUAAUUGUACCUAAUCUAAAGUAUUUAUAAACAGCUCAUCGGAGCAUCUAUUUGUCAUAGACUUUUGAGUUUAUUGUUGGGACCACAUAAUAGGACCAUUUUUUUUGUCUUUAAAAUUGUUGUAAAUCUCUGUAUGCACUUUGCUUUUUUAUGAAACGUGAUCCAAGGUGAGCCGUGACUCUUCAGUAGUGCUAGGACAAGAUUGUACACUAACACCAGCAUGGACCUGCUUCUCCAUUGUGUUUGAAAUGGGAGCCACGUAGUGUCAGCCUGCUGUGAAGUAACAUUGCCAGGAUGAAUCUUCUACAAAAAUAAUUUCAGUUUUUUCAGUAUUUAGUAAUGAAAGAGAUUAAUGCAUUAAUGGUAAUACAUUUCUGGUUUAAUAUAAAUUAAGGAUGUUUUCUAGUUGUGCAUGAAAAGCUGGUAAUUUAGUAAGUUUUGACAAUUGUUUAAAUAUGUAAUGUUAAGCUUAGGUUUUAAAAAAAAAGUAAAGCUGGUAAAAUGGGUCUUUUGUCAUUUGCUUUUAAAAAAGAAAAUAAAUGCAAAUGUGUUUGGUGCAUUUUUUUGUGAGUGGGAUCUG